AUGUCGUGCGUGGGCUAUUUACCUGCUCAAAAUUGUCGCACCACAGCCAUUCACUCGAACAACGUCGCACUCUUGCCAAUUCACCUCAAAUGUGUCGCACAGGAGCUAUUGCCCCGCACGGAUUAUGACGAGCAUGUCGACUCGUGGGCUCUUGGGGUCAUGAUGGCUGAGCUCCUCGCCGGCAAGCACCCUUUCCAUGGGAGGUCAGAUACGGAGCACCUCAGCGAGAUCUUGGACCUUCUCGGCACAGCUGACAUCAAAGAGUGGUCAGGCUACGAUGGACGCCGUUUGCCCGGCGGAUGCCAACCAGGAAGCUUUCUGCGGAAUAAGUUCCCUUGUCAGGUUGAGGCCAGGAUGAAAGGCCCGCCGACAUUGUUAGAGGCUGGUUUCGAGGUCUUGAGCGGUCUUCUACGAUGCAACCCGGAGAAGAGGCUCACGGCGGAGCAAGCGCUCAAGCAUCGGUGGUUCAAGGAGGCCAACCCUAGGGCUACAAGGAGUUGA